AUGGUAGAACAAAUGACUAGAAUUGCAGAAGAUGGAGGAUGUAACACUCCCUAUAAUCCAAAAGAAGGAGAGUAUGCAAAAUUAUAUGAAGAACUCCAGACACUAAAAAAAGAUAAAUCCAAGCCCUUAGAGAUAAAAGAAAAAGAUAUGCAAGCCAUCAUGGAACGGCUUGAGGCAAAAAAUAAAGAGGAUACCGAUAGAAUUAAUCAAAAAGUAGAAUUAAAAAACGAAGAAGUAACCCAAUUAGCUAAACAAUUAGCAAAUGUUGACAAAUCAAAUAAAGCAGAAAUUAAUAAAAUAACUCUCCUUUUAAAAAAAGCAAAAGAAGAGGCUGCCGUAAUUAACAACGAAAAAAAAGAAAUUCCCACUCCGAAUGUUUUUGCACAACUUUUGAAAGAAGAACAAGAUAGAUCUUGA